GAUGCCGACUCCAAAAAUGCAACUAAUUCAUAUUUGUCAUUUGAUAAAUUAAAAUAAUGCACCACCAUGAAUGUCCAAACAAACGCUGAUUUGCAAAAUGCAACCACCCCAUGUUUGUCUUUCGAUUAAUUAAAAUAAUUAGCCAUUAUUCAUCCAUGUGCAACCCAUAGUUCUAUAAAUACCACAUUUCAAAGAAGCAAAAUUCAAAACAAUUUAAAGAGUGAUUUAAUAUCAUGGCAGUUAUAACUUCUGAGUUCGAGAUUGCAUCUUCCCUCCCAGCUUCCAAAUUUUUCAAUGCCUAUCGCGACUUUAACAACAUUGCACCAAAGGUCGAUCCAGAAACAUACAAAACCCUAGUGGACAUCGAAGGUGAUGGAGGCGCUGGAACUAUCAGGGACAUCUCUUUUGGCGAUGUUGAAACUUGACGUUGUAGAUAGCAACAACUUCAGUAUUAUAUACACAAUCUUUGAAGGAGACAUCUUGAUGGGACAACUAGAUUCGAUGACUCAUCAUGUGAAGUUUAUACCUUCACCUGAUGGAGGAUGUGUAUACAAGCCUACCGUUGUGUAUAAUUGUAAAGGUGAAACUCAGCUUCCGGAGGAAGCUCUCAAUAUGGUAAAAGAAGGAUUCAAAAAAACUUUCAACGCGAUUGAGGGUUUAUCCAUGCAAAUCCUCAAACUUAUUGAUCAAUGCUAUAUAUGGUGUGUCAUGUUCUUGGUUCAGUAAAAAUAAAACGGAUUUUAGUCCGGUUAUAUUUUAUAUAUGUACUCGGCUUGUUUGAUAUUUUAUUUUCUUGUAAUUUGAUUUUUAAAUAUAUCA